CCUUCAGUAACGAAUUCUUUACAAAUGCGGGUUCCUUAGUUCCUCGGGGUAUAGAAUUCACAAGCUGAACUCAGUACUCUAUAAAGUUUCCCCCUAAUCGGCUUCAAGACAGACGUUGAUUUAAUUUUACGCAAAUCCAAAUUUCCACGAGUUCGUUAGGAGCUCCUCAAAUUGACCAAUCGGAAUAGCCGUAGCAGUGACAUCAUCGCAGCGCGACUACCGGAAGUAAGUUAUCUAGCUGUCUGCCGCGAGCGUUCGAUAAUUCUGUGAGUCUCUAUGAAGAGAACACUGUGAUCUCUUCCUCCUUCCUCUUCUCGUUGCGAUGGACAAUGCCUGUGAGUCCCCUGCAGAAAAGGUUACAGAAACAGUGGAGUCAGAUGAGACGGCUGCUGCUCCUGUGGCCCCUAGGGCUGCUGACACUGACGGAAUCCCGGAGGAAACUGAUAGGGAUGGGGACGUGAAAGAAGCGGCGGCUGAGGAAAACGAGCUCAAGAGUCAGGACAUCUCAGAUCCAGCAGCAACUGAAAGGGAAGACUCAUCACUUACUCCAGCAGCCAAAAAGCUGAAAAUAGAUACCAAAGAAAAGAAAGAGAAAAAGCAGAAAGUGGAUGAAGAUGAGAUUCAAAAGAUGCAAAUCCUGGUUUCUUCUUUUUCUGAGGAACAGCUGAACCGUUAUGAAAUGUAUCGCCGAUCAGCUUUCCCUAAGGCUGCCGUUAAAAGGCUGAUCCAGUCCAUCACUGGCACCUCUGUGUCUCAGAAUGUUGUCAUUGCUAUGUCUGGUAUCUCCAAGGUUUUCGUAGGAGAGGUGGUAGAAGAAGCAUUGGAUGUAUGUGAGAAAUGGGGAGAAAUGCCACCAUUACAACCGAAGCAUAUGAGGGAAGCUGUUCGGAGGUUAAAGUCUAAGGGGCAGAUCCCCAACUCAAAGCACAAAAAAAUCAUCUUUUUCUAGACCAAAUCCUAGAAUUGCCUGAAGAAAAAACUACUGGUUCCAGACUUUCUGUUGCAUGAGACGUUCUGCACUGGUGCUUAAGUAUUUUGGUGGAUCUCCAACAAUUCCAUUAUGAUUUUAAUGUCUUUCAAACUCUGGUAUGCAUCAUACUUAGAAGACAAGCAACCUGCUUCAUACUUGCCUUAACUAAAUAUUGGGACCUAUAGGACUUUUUGAGACAUGUUUCCUGACUAGGUGAAACUUAAAAAGUGGAUAGACCUUAAGCAUCUUCUGGACUAGGGAGCUGUUUUCAGAGUGAAAAUGUUUCUACAAGAGCUUUGACAAAAUUCACAUCAGAGCCUGAUACUGCUAUGAUUUAUAAGAUCAAAAAGUGGAUAGACCUUAAGCAUCUUCUGGACUAAGGAGCUGUUUUCUGAGAGAAAAUGUUUCUAAGAGAGCUUCGACAAAAUUCACAUCAGAGCUUGACUUUGCUAUUAUAGAUCUGGUUUUAACUAGAUAAAACCGCCAGAAACUUUUGACUUGAGAUAACUCUACUAUGAAAAACACAGUAACAGUCGUGGAAUAGUUUGUCCUUGUAAACAUUUAAGAUUUUUUUUACGGACUUUGGUGAGUAGUGAUUAAAAUAUUUUGCAAUUUGC